UAGACAUUUUUUUAUAAAAUCUCCUCUUUCUGGUUCGGUUCUCGCGUUCUGCAAACUCCUCCGUCGAUUUCAGCUGAGAGAUGUCGGCAUAUGACAAUGUUAUUGGUGGGAAGUUAAAGCUAAAAGGGAAGGCUUUGGAUGUGAAAGCAGGUGGAGUCAAGAAGAAGAAGAAACAAAAGAAACAAGAAGAACAAGCUCUUAAAAUUACUGAUCAUCAUGAACUCAUAGAAGGAGAAAAUACUGAAGCUUUGGGUAAAUUGAUUGAAGAAGAAGGAGAAGAAGAUGAAGCGGGUAUGAGUGAAUUGGCGAAAUACGACGAUGAUCAGUUAACGCCUGCAGAGAGAAGGUACAUAGAGCAGAAGCAGAGACUGGAUGUGCAGAAACUGGCUAAGGAAGCGAACAAGUCUCACCGUAACAGGAUUGAGGAUUUCAAUCAGUACCUGGCUAACAUGAGCGAGCACUAUGAUAUCCCUAAAGUCGGACCUGGUUAAUCUUAUUCUUCACUGGCUUUCUUCAACUCUGCUUAUCGAUUUGUCAUUGUUAAAUAACUUAUGUUGGAUCUUUAUUGCGUUUUCCUUUAACAUUUCAAUUGUGUGAUCUCCACUCUCUUAAUGAAAAAGAAAACACACCUUGGAAUCUUU